GAUUUGCUCGGCUCCUCCUGCAGAAGGACGGGCCGGCUAGCUUGUCUCUGGGGCCUUGGUUGUGUUCUGAGCGGAGAGCCUGUCAUCCGGGACCUCCUCCUAAUGUGUCCUGGGCAGAGAACAAGUGCUGUCAGACCAGUGUAGUAGAGUUUUGCUGCAUGCAAUCAAUUGGAGUACUCAAAUCUCAAGUGCUGUCUGCUCUUCAUCAUGCCUGCUGGGGUAUCUUGGCCUCGCUACUUGAAAAUGCUCAGUGCAAGUACAUUGGCUAUGUUUGCAGGUGCAGAAGUUGUGCAUAGAUAUUACAGACCUGAUCUUACUAUACCUGAAAUUCCGCCUAAGCCUGGAGAAUUGAAAACGGAACUCUUGGGUCUAAAACAAAAACCAAGCGAAGUUCAUACUUCACAACAAUGACCACAGAAUAUUGAAGUCAUGAAGGGUAGAAUUUUCAGAAGUGCCUAAAUAACUUAGGGUCCCGAGUCUCAUUUUCCUACGUGAUUUAGGAACCAAAGUCAUUGGGACUUAUGCACUUCUGAAAAUUGUACCCAAAGUCCAUGUAUGAAAUGCUGUAGUCCUGUAAAUCUAUAUUUCUAUUUAUUUAAAACAAAAAAAAACUUGUAUGUAAGAAAUAAUUGAGGAAUCCUGUUUAUCAGAAAUCCAGCCAGUUGUUCAUUAAAACUCCUUGUAUUUUUGUUUUCAGAAGAAUAUAAUUUUUUUGUCCUGAUUACUCUGUAACAAUUUUUAAAAUCUAUUGAAAGUAUAAUUCAUAUUGGCUCCUAGUCUAAAUAAAUGUUAUUAGGAAUUUGAAAAUUAACAAGAUUUUAUUAGGAUUAAUGUAAUAAAAAUUAUUAUAAUUAC